AUGAACGUUUGCGAGAAUAUUGGUGAGCAUAUGAUCGGUAAUGUUUACGUGAAGUUCGUUCGUGAAGAGGAUGCAGAGAAGGCCGUAAACGAUCUGUCGAAUCGAUGGUUCAACGGACAGCCAAUUUAUGCGGAGCUUUCGCCGGUAACAGAUUUCCGAGAGGCGAGAUGUCGUCAGCAUGAAGUGACCACGUGCUCGAAAGGUGGCUUCUGUAACUUUAUGCAUUUGAAAGCAAUCAGUCCCGAACUGGGUGAACGACUCUAUGGCCGACGGUUGGCACAAUUUUAUUUUGAUGUUUCACAC